UUGUCCUGAUGCUUUAUUCUUUUAUUCACCUACUAAUAUUAAUUAUACAAAAUAGAGUGUUGACUUGGUUUUCCCAAUGAGGCAGUGCAAAGCUUCAUUGGAUCAUCUCUAAAGACAAGAAACUACCUAAAAAUCCAAUAUUCUCUUGAUUAACAGGGUAUUCCAUUCCCAGCCCCGGAGUCAUCUUUAGGAUGGAAAAGGGAAAGGAGGCCCGGGCAGGAAAGGCUGAAUUCCCAGGCCAGGGAUGUCAAGAAAAAUCAGGAACUGAUACCUCGCCACAGAAAGUGUCUGAGAAAGCUUCCGUUCAUAGCAAUAUGGCAAGUGAAGUCACAAGAGAUGGCUCAUGGUGUUCUCUUUUACAAGAACUAUGGCAGGGUGCUGACAUUACAAAGAGAGGUCAACAAAACCAGAUUCUACCUUUCCCUCCUGUUUCUUUCCUCAAGAAAACUCUGAGCAAAAAUAGUGGUCAUGACUAUCAAAAGCCUGGGGAAACCAUCCCUUUGGGAUCCUACCUUAUUUCAACACAAGAGGGUCUUCCACAAUAUUGCUCACUUCCAAAAAGUCUGGAUCUAAGCCUAGGAGCAGAUGGUCCGAAUGAAAGGGAUCGGCUCAUUGACAUUGUUGCAUCAAGUCAGCUUCUUAUGCCAGGCUCUUGUAAUGCUGACCGUGUGGUUCCUCAUGGAGGAGAGGCAUACAGAAGUACUGGGAAUGGAGACGUUCUCAGCCACAAACAACCACUGAUCUAUGGGAACCAUUUUCAGGAGAAAGCAGAUCAAGGUUCUCAGUGUCAGGAGGUACUCUAUGCCAUAUCUUUGCAUAAACCUGAGAUCACUCUCACUGUGGACAGACCGAUUGCUUCCUACAGUGGUGGGAAGGUUUUCCUUUAUGUGUCGGAUUCAUUGAGCCAUCCAUUCCAGCUGAAGGUGAACCAUCUAGUUCACACUGGAGGGGACCCUUACAAGUGCAGCAGCUGUGAGGAAUCGUUUUGUACUGAGGCUGCACUCCAACAGCACGAGCAAAUUCACACAGAAGAGAAACCAUAUGUGUGUACUCUGUGUGGGAAAGCAUUUAGUGAUGGGUCAGCUUUCUAUGAACAUGAAUUGAUUCACAAGAAUCACACACCUUUUAUCUGUGACAUUUGUGGGAAGGCCUUCUUACGCAAGUCAGAGUUGACAUCCCAUAAACAAAGUCACAGCGGAGAGAAGCCUUACAAAUGCAAUGACUGUGGGAAGUCAUUUAAAUUUCCAUCCCAGCUGAAGGUGCACCGUCAGAUUCAUACAGGUGAGAAGCCUUACGAAUGCCGUGAGUGUGGAAAGUCAUUCAGUAAAACAGCCAAACUCAAGGUGCAUCAGAGAAUUCACACAGGGGAGAAGCCUUAUGUGUGUUCUCAGUGUGGAAAGGCCUUCAAUCAGAAAUCAAUACUAGACCGGCAUGAAAAGCUUCACCCUGGGGAGAAGCCUUACAAAUGCAGUGACUGUGGGAAGUCAUUCAAUUAUCCAUCCCAACUGAAGGUGCAUUGCCAUAGUCACACAGGGGAGAAGCCUUAUAAAUGCCAUGAGUGUGGGAAGUCAUUUAAUUUCCCAUGUGAACUCAAGGUGCAUUAUCAGAACCACACGGGAGAGAAGCCUUACAAAUGCCGUGAAUGUUGGAAACUGUUCAGCAAAAUGUCCCAACUGAAGGCACAUUAUCGAGUUCACACAGGAGAGAGACCUUAUAAAUGCAGCCACUGUGGAAAAGCCUUCUCUACUAAGGAACAAGUCCAAGAGCAUGAGAGAAUCCACACAGGAGAGAAACCCUUUGUGUGCACUGAAUGUGGAAAAGCCUUCAGUAGCAGGUCAUCUUUUCGUAAACACCAGUUAAUUCACACUAAAGAGAAACCUUUUGUCUCUCAGAAAUGUGAGACAGGCCUCCAGGAGUCUACUUUGACACCCCAUCAGCAACUUCAUAUUGGUGAGAAGCCUUACAAAUGCCCUGACUGUGGGAAGUUGUUUAAUUAUCCAUCCCAAUUGAAGUCACAUUAUCAAAUCCACACAGGAGAGAAGCCUUGUAAAUGCCCUGACUGUGGGAAAUCAUUUAGUAAAACAUCUCAACUGAAGGCACAUUCUCGAAUACACACAGGGGAGAGACCUUACGUGUGUUCUGUGUGUGGGAAGGCCUUCAAACAGUUGUCAACAUUGAGUAGACAUGAAAAAAUUCACAUGGUGGAAAAGCCUUACAAAUGUAAUUUCUGUGGGAAGUCAUUUUGCUCUCCAUCUGAGCUAAAGGUGCAUCUUCUAAUUCACACGGGGGAGAGACCUUACAAAUGCAACAGCUGUUGGAAAGCCUUUUGUACUAAGGUUCAACUCCAAGAGCAUGAGCGAAUUCACACAGGAGAGAGACCUUACGUGUGCACUCAUUGUGGGAAAGCCUUUAGAAGCAGGUCAGUUUUCUCUAAACAUAAGUUGAUCCACAGGAAGGAAACACCUUUUAUCUGUGAGAGAUGUGGGAAAGUGUUCUUACAGAAGUCAGAGUUGACAUCUCAUCUACAAACUCACAUUGAAGACAAGCCUUAAGGAAUGUCAAGAUUGGAAAAUUGUUUAGUCAGAUACACAACUGAGUGUGCACCAUCAAAUUCACAUGGUGAAUAAGCCUUCCAAAUGCAGCAACUAGGAAUGUCUUGGCUUCUAAUGCUCAGCUCCAACGGUAUAAAUAAAUGAAUUCACUCAGGA